AUGGUGCCAGGUUGUGCCGAGCAUCCAAGGGGCAGCAAGGAGCGCUUCCACUGGCAGAGCCACAAUGUCAAGCAGAGCGGCGUGGACGACAUGGUCCUGCUCUCCAAGAUCUCCGAGGAGGCCAUCGUGGAGAACCUCAAGAAGCGUUUUAUGGACGAUUACAUCUUUACCUACAUUGGGCCGGUGCUCAUCUCCGUCAACCCCUUCAAGCAGAUGCCGUACUUCACCGACCGGGAGAUCGAGCUGUACCAGGGGGCGGCUCAGUAUGAAAAUCCCCCCCAUAUCUACGCCCUGACCGACAACAUGUACCGCAACAUGCUGAUCGAUGGGGAAAACCAGUGCGUCAUCAUCAGCGGAGAAAGCGGGGCCGGGAAAACAGUGGCAGCGAAAUACAUCAUGGGCUACAUCUCCAAAGUGUCUGGGGGUGGCGAGAAAGUGCAGCACGUGAAGGACAUCAUCCUGCAGUCCAACCCACUGCUGGAAGCCUUCGGAAAUGCCAAAACCAUCCGGAACAACAACUCCAGCCGCUUUGGGAAGUACUUCGAAAUCCAGUUCAGCCGGGGCGGCGAACCCGACGGGGGGAAGAUCUCCAACUUUCUGCUGGAGAAGUCACGGGUGGUGAGCCAGAACGAGUGCGAGAGGAAUUUCCACAUCUACUAUCAGCUCAUCGAAGGGGCAUCCCAAGAGCAGCGGCAAAACCUGGGCAUCAUGAGCCCGGAUUAUUACUACUACCUGAACCAGUCGGACACGUACCAGGUGGAGGGCACGGAUGACCGCAGUGACUUCCAUGAGACCAUGAACGCCAUGCAGGUCAUCGGCAUCCGGGGCGAGGACCAGCAGCUGGUGCUGCAGAUCGUGGCAGGGAUCCUCCACCUGGGAAACAUCAGCUUUCGGGAGGAAGGCAACUACGCUCGAGUGGAAAAUGCUGACUCCCUGGCCUUCCCUGCCUACCUGCUGGGGAUCGACCAGGACCGCCUCAACGAGAAGGUCACCAGCAGGAAAAUGGACAGCAAGUGGGGUGGCCGCUCCGAGUCCAUCACCGUCACCCUCAACGUGGAGCAGGCGGCUUACACCCGGGAUGCCCUGGCCAAGGGGCUCUACGCGCGUGUCUUUGACUUUCUCGUGGAGUCUAUCAACCGGGCUAUGCAGAAGCCGUAUGAGGAGUACAGCAUCGGGGUGCUGGACAUCUACGGCUUCGAAAUAUUCCAGAAAAAUGGCUUUGAGCAAUUCUGCAUUAACUUUGUGAACGAGAAGCUGCAGCAGAUCUUCAUCGAGCUGACCCUGAAGGCAGAGCAGGAGGAGUACGUGCAGGAGGGGAUCAAGUGGACCCAGAUCCAGUACUUCAACAACAAGGUGGUGUGCGACCUGAUAGAGAACAAGCUGAACCCCCCCGGGAUCAUGAGCGUCCUGGAUGACGUCUGUGCCACCAUGCAUGCCACCGGCGAGGGGGCGGACCAGACCCUGCUGCAGAAGCUGCAGGCAGCCGUGGGCACCCACGAGCACUUCAACAGCUGGAGCUCGGGCUUCGUCAUCCACCACUACGCAGGGAAGGUCUCCUACGACGUGAACGGCUUCUGCGAGCGCAACCGGGAUGUACUCUUCACUGACUUGAUUGAGCUCAUGCAGAGCAGCGAAUAUGGUUUCAUCCGGAUGCUUUUCCCAGAAAAGCUUGAUUCUGACAAAAAGGGACGACCGACCACCGCGGGCUCCAAAAUCAAGAAACAGGCUAACGACCUUGUGAACACGCUAAUGAAGUGCACGCCACACUACAUCCGCUGCAUCAAGCCCAACGAGACCAAGAAACCCCGGGACUGGGAGGAGAGCAGGGUGAAGCACCAAGUCGAGUACCUGGGGCUGAAGGAGAACAUCCGGGUGCGCCGGGCAGGUUUCGCCUACCGCCGCCUCUUCCACAAAUUCCUGCAACGCUACGCCAUCCUCACUCCCGAGACGUGGCCAUCCUGGCGCGGGGACGAGCGGCAAGGGGUGCAGCACUUGCUACGCUCCGUCAACAUGGACCCAGACCAGUACCAGAUGGGUCGGAGCAAGGUGUUUGUUAAGAACCCCGAAUCGCUCUUCCUCCUCGAAGAGAUGCGGGAGCGGAAAUUCGAUGGCUUCGCCCGGGUGAUCCAGAAGGCCUGGCGCCGGCACGUUGCCAUCCGGAAGUAUGAGCAGAUGCGAGAGGAGGCCUCCAACAUCCUCUACAACUUCAAAGAGCGGAGGAGGAACAGCAUCAACAGGAAUUUCGUGGGUGAUUACCUGGGCAUGGAGGACCGGCCAGAGCUGCGCCAGUUCCUGGCCAAGCGGGAGCGGAUAGACUUUGCCGACUCCAUCACUAAGUACGACCGGAGGUUCAAGCCCAUCAGGCGGGACUUCAUCCUCACCCCCAAGUACUUCUACCUGAUCGGGCGGGAGAAGGUGAAGAAAGGUCCUGAGAAGGGGCAGAUCAAGGAGGUGCUCAAGAAGAAGGUGGAGCUCCAGGCGGUGAGCGGUGUCUCGCUGAGCACCAGGCAGGAUGAUUUCUUCAUCCUCCAUGAGAAUGAUGCCGACAAUUUCUUGGAGUCCAUCUUCAAGACGGAGCUGAUCAGCCUGCUGUGCAAACGCUACGAGGAGCUCACCCGCACCAAGCUGCGCCUCUCCUUCAAGGACACACUACAGUUUCGAGUGAAGAAGGAGGGCUGGGGCGGUGGCGGCACCCGCAACGUCACCUUCGUCAGAGGACAGGGCGACGUGGCCGCCCUCAAAGCCGGAGGCAAAACCCUUACGGUCAGCAUCGGGGAUGGGCUCCCCAGGAAUGCCAAGCCCACAAGGAAGGGGGCGACGCAGAGCAGAGGUGGCAGCAGGUGCCCGGCACCCUCCCGAAGUGCCCCACCGGCACCCAGAGGCGCCUGCAGGAACGGGGCACCCCAGUUCCCGCGCGGCGACGGCCAGGCUCAGCGGGACACCUACACGACGCCCCAGAAGCAGGCGCGGGGGCCACCGGCCGCGGCGCUUCCCCCCCGAAACGCCAGCCGCCAGCCGAAGACGCGGCCCCCGUCCGAGCAGAACAUGGAUUUCCUCAACGUGCCUGACCAGGGGGUGGCCGGCAUGCAGCGCCGGCGAAGCCUGACCCAGCGGCCGCCCCCGGCCAGGCGUCCCAAGCCGCAGCCCAAGGUGGCCGUGCCGCGCUGCCAGGCGCUCUACCAGUACAUCGGGCAGGACGUGGAUGAGCUCAGCUUCAACGUGGGGGACAUCAUUGACAUCCUGCUGGAAGAUAUCUCCGGCUGGUGGAAAGGCCGGCUGCAUGGCAAGGAAGGGCUUUUUCCUGGGAACUACGUGCAGAAGAUCUGAGCCGGGUGCAGUGGCCGCAUGGCCGGAGGCAAGGAGAAGGUCACCAUCCUCCCACGCCACCUCCGCCGAGGCUGUGCCGAAGGAGCCGGUGGCGGCUCCGCGGCAGUUCUCCACUGAUGGCUGGCAUUGAGCGAGCGCUUCCUUGCGAGCCCCCCUGGCCUGUGCUGGUGGCCGGCUGUGCCGGUGCCAGCCACUGAAUCCCACAGCUGCUUUAGAUGACGGCCUCCCUGCAGCAAGGACCGGCUCUUUGCUGCUUGUUUGUACCCUGUGAGUGGAACUGAUCUGGUGAUGCUGGGGUAUAAAUAGGAUUAUUGUUAAUAAUUACAGUAAAUAAUCAGUAAAUAAAAAAAAUUGAGCCCAGAGUUUGUAUUUCACUCUGGUGCUGUAAUGCGUAAGCUGUCACACGUGAAGUCAUCUUAUCUUGUAUGUAUAUAGAGGAUUACAAAAGGACGGCUGAUCACUUCAGGAUGUUCCGAAGGCCGGUAUAUCUGGUGCAUCUUGAAGGAGGAUGCAAACAGACAGUAGUUCAUCAGCUUUACUUAGAUAACUUUGAAACAGACUCAGCAGUACUGUGGAGUUACCCUUUAACAAACUGUCUCAUCAGAAUACUUAGAAUCACACCCACGAACCUAGAAGCCCCUUACUCACAGAAGCCCCUUCUUCUCUGAGCAUGCGUGGUAGUAAAAGGAAACUCUGUACCUUUAAGUGAAACCGAAGACUACCGGGACCGAUAAGAAUCUUGAAAGAUUAGAUGUAAACAGUAUUGUCCUGUUAAGAAAUGGUCAAACAGUAUGAAAAUGUCCACCUUGUGUUAACCAGGUGUGCUAGCUUUGUGGAAUUAUCACCUAGCACCCAUCUUUGCGCAAACAUGAAAUAAAUAU